UUUUCGGAUGUUUCAUAGCCAUUUUCUCGCGCAAGUUUCUGUGGUAAUAUAGGAAAUAUAUACAAUCAUUUAGGGUGUAAUUUUGAAUUGUUGACUUAAGUGAAAAGGUAAAACACUGUAGAAGCUUACAAACUAGUAGCAAUAAUUAUGCUGCUGUUAAAUCGAUUAGAAUGUUUCAUAUUGGUCAUACUGGCUGCAUUCUCCAGUGUUUGCAGCUCGCGAGUUCUUGAGCUUAGCGAUCGAUUCCUCGAUGUUCGGAACGAAGGACAAUGGUUUGUGAUGUUUUACGCUCCGUGGUGUGCUCACUGUAAAAAAUUGGAACCGGUGUGGGCUCACGUAGCCCAGGCCUUAUACAACACUAACAUUCGGGUGGGUCGCGUAGAUUGCACGCGAUUUACUGCGGUAGCCCAGGCUUUUCAUGUAAAUGCUUAUCCAACCAUUAUGUUCAUAAAAGGUCCUUAUGAUUAUACGUAUAGUGGUGAACGCAGUAAAGAAGAACUGAUACAUUUUGUGAAUCGAAUGUCUGGCCCUCCAGUACAGCAAGUUACUCGAGUAGAGAGUAUUGACAUACUAAAAUCGAACAAUCCCAUUUUCUUCACCUACGUUGGUCGGCAAGACGGGAUUCUGUGGGAUAUAUUUUAUAGCGCUGCUGAAGUGUACCAACCGCACGGCUAUUUUUACGCUACUUCGGUGGACAUAGCAAAACGACAUUUUGACAUCGACACUGUUCCAGCUGCGUUAGUCUACAAGGAACGAAACCAUUUCUAUUUCCCUUACUCGGAUAACUUUAAUCUAAUAGAACCAGAACAUUUGAAUGAAUCUCUUUUCCGAUGGGUGAACGAGGAAAGAUUCCCAACAUUCCCUAAAGUGACACGGAAUAACAUACAUCACAUUGUAAAAACAAAAAAAUACCUCGUUCUAGCUGUGGUCGAAGAAAAUAAGCUGAAUGAAAUAGCAGCUCACGAGCAGGAGUUUCGCGAUAUGGUGGAAAUUUUUGUGCAUAAAAACAAACAAAAGUAUCAUAGUCGGUUUCAAUUUGGAUGGGUCGGAACCCCAGACCUGGCACAUUCGAUUGCAAUGGAUACUCUUUCUACGCCCCAUUUGAUAGUUCUGAACGCGAGCACAAAUGAACAUCAUAUACCGGAAGAUGACCCGCUCCAGUUGACACCGGAAGCAAUUGAAAUAUUUCUGGAUAGCAUUCAUAAUCAUACGGCUCCUACCUUUGGCGGAAACUCACUUCCCGUUCGUAUCUACCGUGCCUGGUUCGAGGCAAAGACGUCUCUAUACGACAUGUGGUUGGGAAAUCCGGUUCUGACUUCCGUACUAUUUGGCUUGCCAUUGGGUUUCUUUUCACUUAUUCUAUACUCGAUAUGCUGUGCGGAUAUUUUAGAUGCUGAGGAAGAGGAAGAAGAACCAAAACAUGAGAAGAAGGAGUAAUCAGGAUGUAUGCAAUUGUAUGAAUCGUCGAGUGUGUGAUAUUCCUAGCUUACAAGGGAUGAAGAUGACUUCUUUCGUCCAUUGAAUGUUAAUAAUGCUAAGAAAUAUUGUCUAGUCAUUUUUAUCUAUAAUCGGUCAUGAUAGAUUUAGAAAAACUGCUGUUUAUUUUAUGUGUAAGAUUGUA